AUGCUGUUCAGAGGAUUACGUGCCUGUGCUGAACGUGCCUCGAAGCCGCGCACGACAAUCUUGGAUCGAAUUUCGAAGACCACCAAGGAAUUGUUGGAAAGAAGAAGGGCUUUGAGGCUUGAUCCGAAUGCAUCGCACAUUGAGCGGCAGAAGAAGAUUCUGGAAGCAGCACAAAGAAGAACGAGUCUAAAGAAGUGCCGCAGUGAUCUCCGCGAAUAUAAUAUUCCGCUAGCAGCCUUGCUGAGCGAUGACAGGACUCGCACGUGUUCUCGUCGUGAGAUGGAAAUCAUUACGGAGAGGUUCUACUCGAACCUUUUCUGUUCAUCAACUCCUGUGUCAAGCCCGAACAUCCCCACUGGCGAAGCUCCACCACGGAUUCUCCCUUCGGAAGUACGAGUCGCUAUCAAGAGCAUGAAACCUGGCACAGCCCCCGGACCUGAUUUUAUAUCAGCAGACUUUCUUCGGGUUAGUGGCCAUCCGCUUCAUGUAAUCUUAGCAGCGCACAUGACAUCCUACCUUCAGAAAGAAAGGAUCCCAGACCAGUGGAAGACCUCGCGAACCGUUCUUAUCCACAAGAAAGGUGACCGAGAGGACCUUCGGAACUACCGUCCGAUAUGCUUGCUGAGCGUGUUAUACAAAGUAUUCACCAAGAUCAUCCUCACACUCAUAUCUAGGACGCUGGAUGAAGCCCAGCCACAAGAACAAGCUGGAUUCCGCCAGGAGUUCAGCUGCUUGGACCACAUCCAGAUCGUGUCGAGAUUCAUAGAGGUUUGCAAGGAAUACCGCCUGCCCCUUGUUCUAACCUUCGUCGACUAUGAGAAGGCCUUUGACAGCGUAGAGACGAAUUCAAUACUGUCAGCGCUGGUCGAUCAAGGUGUGGACGCGUCCCCUCUCACCAUACCCAUUGGAAAGGGGGUACGACAAGGCGAUACUAUAUCGCCGAAGCUGUUCACGGCCGCAUUGCAAUGGAUAAUGAAAUCACUACCCUGGGAAGAAAGGGGCAUACGUGUUGAUGGAAGAUUUCUUUCGAACCUUCGUUUCGCGGACGACAUCGUUCUCUUUUCGACCAAUGAAGCAGAAACGAUGCUCAACGAAUGGAACGAAGCAGGGAAGAGAAUAGGACUACGAAUAAACAGAAAGAAGGCACAGUUCAUGAAGAACGCCUACUGCGAGGACGGAGAAGUACAACUUGAAGGCUCCCAAAUCGUGGAAACUUCGUCAUACGUAUACCUCGGACGUUCUAUAAACAUGGAAAACGACUUGAAGGAAGAACUGAAUAGAAGAAUGAGAGCAGCAUGCCCAUCUGUUCGACUUGACAGUCCUUCCAGCGCUCUGUUACGCAGCGGAGACUUGGACGGACACCGCGGCUACGUCUAG